UUUUUUUUUUUGGCGUGUGUUUUGUUUUUUUUUCGUCGCGUGCACUCGUCGAACCAGAGCGAAGUGGAUUCCUUUUUAUUUCACCCACGUUACUUCCAUCCCCGUGGAUUUAAUGAUCGCCGCUGACUGCGCGGAUUAACGUGACGGCAUAUUGGACGUUUGAGUCGCGGCGCGUGACGUACCUUGGAUUCCCCACGUGGUCAUGUAACGUUUAUUCCCUAUGUUGAUAUGUAACAUGUAACGCCCGCCAGUCUUGAUAAGUUUGUCGGCAAACAACACUUUCGUCAAAGGGUUGAAAGGUCACCGGACGCCGUCCCCUCUUUUCCGGUCGUCAACACGCCAUGAGACGCUGAAGUCCUCCUUCCGUCCACGACGCCUUUUAUCUUCUAUUUGCCUCCCGCCGCAACAAACCACGAGCUUGGAGGAGGGAUGUACGAGAGCGUGGAUAUGGUGGGCAUGAGCCCCAGUUCCCACAGCCCCAGCAGCGGCUCCUUUCUGGGUAUGGACUACUACCACAGAGCACCGGGACUGGAGCCGGAGAAAGGACUUCUUCCCGGCGUGGGAGGACUUCAAAGGCCGUUCGGAGCGUCCCUCCUGACCGCCAGGCACUGGAGCGGAUCUUGUCACUCAAUUGAAACUGAAAGCACGAGUUCUGGAGAAGACUUGCUGGUCACAAGCCCCUCGUCCCCACCGCCUCCACCACGCAUUUACAAGCCCUGCUUUGUAUGUCAGGAUAAAUCUUCUGGUUACCAUUACGGAGUCAGCGCCUGUGAGGGCUGCAAGGGGUUCUUUCGGAGGAGCAUUCAGAAAAACAUGGUAUACACUUGUCACCGGGACAAAGUUUGCGUGAUAAACAAAGUGACAAGGAACCGCUGCCAGUCCUGUCGGCUGCAGAAAUGCCUGGAUGUGGGAAUGUCCAAGGAAUUGGUUCGGAAUGAUCGGACGAAGAAAAAGAAGGAAGAGAAGAGGCCGGUGGAGGUGGAAGUCUAUGUGUUGUCAGCAGACACAGAGCAGAUGAUCGAGCGAGUACGGCGCGCACAUCAGGACACGUUUCCCUCUCUUGGUCAGCUGGGAAAGUACACUACGAGCAACAGCGCCGAGCACCGUGUCCCUCUUGACGUCAAUCUUUGGGACAAGUUUAGUGAACUGUCCACCAAAUGCAUCAUCAAGACAGUGGAGUUUGCCAAGCACCUGCCCGGCUUCACUACGUUAACCAUUGCUGAUCAGAUCACUCUGCUCAAAGCUGCCUGCCUCGACAUCCUGAUAUUGAGGAUUUGCACACGCUACACCCCGGACCAGGACACCAUGACCUUCUCGGAUGGUUUGACUCUGAACCGCACUCAGAUGCACAACGCCGGCUUCGGCCCGCUGACGGACCUGGUGUUCUCCUUCGCCAGCCAGCUGCUCCCACUAGAGAUGGACGACGCAGAAACAGGACUACUGAGCGCCAUCUGCCUGCUAUGUGGAGAUCGUCAGGAUUUAGAGGACUCGGACAAAGUGGACGUUCUUCAAGAGCCCCUGUUGGAAGCUUUGAAGAUCUAUGUUCGGAGGAGACGGCCUGACAAGCCCUGUAUGUUUCCGAAGAUCCUGAUGAAGAUUACUGACCUCAGGAGCAUCAGUGUGAAGGGCGCAGAGCGAGUGAUCACGCUGAAAAUGGAGAUACCGGGUUCCAUGCCGCCACUCAUCCAGGAGAUGCUGGAGAACUCCGAGGGACUGGAAGGCCAAGGCGCCGCGGGAGGAAAAGGAAGAGACCGAGUCACCCGAGAACAGGAAGAGACCGAGCCCCCAAAUUCCCCUAACCUGUCCUCGAUCUCAGUCCUCUCUCCCAGCCGCAGUCCGCCAUCGAGCUCUGGCUCUUACUCCACCUGAAAGUCCACUCCUAAAGUACCUCCACCUUGCACAGCACAGCACUGCACCAACCACACAGC